AUGUCCACCAGCUCCGAAUUCCCAUUGAUCUCGCCACUCUCAUCGCCAAGGCCAACAAUGCCAUGUGUUUCUGUGACCAGCUCUUUGAAACUCGGUGUCGACAUCGGCAAGCAGCUCGAGCAAUGCAAGAAACUGUUUGGUUUAGGUGUCGAGAUUACAUGGUCUCCUGGCCACGUCUUCGGCAACAAGGGGCUGGAGGACUUGCUUUUCCGUCUCAAGCAAGUCUUCGAGCGCCUUCAGAAGGCUCACCUCGGCACUCAACCAUUCGGAGAUUAUCAUAUCGUUCGUGCUUUUACUGGGCAAAUUCAUGCAGAUCACGAGCGUCGAGCUCAACUGUCUAACCCUGUACUGGCAGCCAAGGCUAAGGCGAAUGCUGCUACUGGGCAAGCUGCUGCUUCAUCUGCAGCUGAUGGUUCAUCAGCGAAACCUCAUCUACGAAAGGGAAGGCCAAGGCCACGACCUAAGAAGGGAAAGAAACUGCCCAAGUCAAAGGCCAUC